AUGAGCGGAAUGACGGAAGUUAAGAGGCGGUCCGCACGAGUCUACACUGAGGAAGAAAACGCCAGCGGAAGCAGAAAUGCCGAAGUGGAUGCUCGCCUCAGAACAAAGAGCAUAGAUGAGAUUGAACUGAAAAAUAGCGAGUCAAGAAACUCCUCGAAGGAAUCCAAGACCAGAAAGUCCAUGGUCGAUCUUGGGAAAGACAUAAAUAUAUUUCCAACCACAGAGGAAGAUAUCGAAAAGCAUAUCACCCAAAGUCUCGAAGCCGCCAAAGCCUCCAAAACAAAGGAAGAGGCUCGGCCAACCAACCUUGGUGUCGUUAUUCCAGGAAAGAUAUAUCGCAGUAGCUGGCCCACCGACGAAGAUUUCCUACACCUUGAGGCUUUCGGGCUGAAGACUGUCCUAUCUCUUGUCCAAAACGAUUUCUCUUUUGCGUUCAAGGACUUUGUUAAGAAGAAUGACAUCGCUCACAAAAUCAUUGACAUGCCGGGAACGAAGAAGGUUGCUAUCACACAGGAAUUAAUGCAAUCGAUCAUGGAGAUUGCUCUUGACGAGUCAAGCUAUCCUCUUUUGAUACACUGCAAUCAUGGAAAGCACCGUACUGGCUGUGUAGUUGGAGUCAUUCGUCAUGUUGCGAGAUGGGAUGUCGAAUCGAUCGUCGAGGAAUACCGGGGAUACGCAGAUCCCAAGGUGCGAGACUGUGAUGUUGCCUAUAUCACUGACUACCAGGCUUCAAGCCUUCAUGGUCUCUUUGUGAACGAGACAAUUGUGAAGGGCCAGAGACCCAAUUUGUCUGAACAGUCCAACGAAGACCAGUCCCCGCCAGCUGUUCCUUUAGAGUACAACCCUUUAGGGCAUGAUCUCCACCUGGGGCGCAACCGAGAAGAUCGAGCGGACCUUCCUCUUCAGCGUCGGAGAAUGGGUCGGUAUCUCAUGGCGUCUGCUUUCGCUCUUGCCGUUUGGUUCACCACUGGCUUCUACUGGCACUCCCACAAUUGGAAGUGGGAGCCCCUUGAAUAG